GAUGGUUUUCUUUAUAUCAGCUUUGGGCCACAUGACCAUAUUAUUUCUUAAGGUAUUUGUUCUCAUAUCAUCAUCACACGUGAAUCAUACCGCUGUGUACGAGAAAGUCUUGCAAGUUCAGGCAGCAAGAUGCGCUCUCUAUUUAUUCUCUUCUAUGCUUCCUGUACUUCCAUCCAUUCUCCACUCCAGCCAUGCAGAUUCUAGUUGCUCUUCUUUUACUACUGGUUUUGAUCAACCUUCUCAAGUUAAUAUACACUGUCAUCUGGCUGCCAUGGAGAUUCGGAGCACACUUCAAGAAACAAGGCAUCAAGGGCCCUCCCUACCGUCUCAUCUAUGGGAAUUCAGAAGAGAUUGCUCAGCUGACAAAAGAUGCUGCAUCAAACUCAAUGCCGUUCUCUCACGAUAUACUGCAUCGUGUGUCCCCGCACUACUACAAAUGGUCAGCCAUGUAUGGCAAGACAGUUCUGUUCUGGUUUGGAUCUAAGCCUCGUCUCAUAUUUUCUGACCCGGACAUGAUCAAAGGGCUUAUGGUCAAUAACAGUGGCUCAGUUAUUAAAGAUGCAUUUAACCCACUGUCUAAGCUGCUGUUUGGACAGGGACUUGUUGGCUUGGAAGGUGAUAAAUGGUCUGUUCAUAGAAAGAUCAAUAAUCAGGCUUUCACGAUGGAGAGAAUCAAGGGUUGGGUGCCUGAAAUUGUGGCCAGCACUCUGAACGAACUGAAUAAAUGGGAAGCAGAAAGUGGAGGAAGAGAUGAGUUCGAAAUUGAUGUGCAUAAAGCUCUUCAAAACCUCAGUGCAGAUAUCAUAUCUAGGACGGCGUUUGGUAGUAGCUUUGAAGAGGGAAAGCGCAUAUUUGAGCUUCAGGACCAACAGGCCGUGCUUACUUUGCAGGCUGACCGAAGUAUUUACCUUCCCGGAUUAAGGUUUCUACCAACUAGUAAUAACAGAAAGUUGCAAAAGAUAGAGAAAGAAAUUCGAGAUUCUGUGAGGAAGUUGAUCGAGACAAACAGCAAAAAUAGAGAAAACUCCAAGAAUCUGAUUACUCUGUUGACACACGCUGGCAGUAAUCGUGAAGAAGACGGGCUGUCCGUGGAAGAGGUUAUAGAUGAGUGCAAGACAAUCUAUUUUGCAGGAAAGGAGACUACCGCCAACGUCUUGUCAUGGGCGCUUCUCCUUCUAGCAAAGCAUCCUGACUGGCAAAACAGAGCCCGUGAAGAAGUUUUUAGCAUUUGCAAGAGCAACCAGCUUCCUAACGAUGAGAACCUUACUGAACUUAAGACAGUCACGUUGAUACUCCAAGAAACGCUGCGACUCUACCCUCCAGCUGCGAUGCUCCUCAGGCAAACGGCGAAAAACAUAAAGUUGGGCAGGCUUGACAUUCCAGCUAACACAGAAUUCAACUUGCCAAUACUUGCUGUUCAUCAUGAUACUGAAAUUUGGGGAAACGAUGCCAAUGAGUUUAAUCCACACAGAUUUUCUGAGCCCAGAAAGCAUAUGGCCGCGUACUUCCCGUUUGGCAUAGGCCCCAGAUUCUGCGUUGGCCAAAAUUUAGCCAUGGUGGAAGCUAAGAUCAUCCUGGCUAUGAUCAUCCAACGAUUUUCUUUGGCAAUAUCCCCCUCCUACGUACACGCACCUGUAUUGGCAUGGACUCUGGAGCCACAAUAUGGUGCACAGAUCAUCCUCAGCAGGGCUGUUAACUCUAGCUGAAUACUGUCUUUAGAAAGCAUGCAUGCAUGAUCCUUCCUCAUAAAUCUGCUCUUCUAAGAGAGAAAUUGCUCUGGCAUAGUACCUGCUAGAUGCAAAAUAUAUGUGGUAAUAAGCCAAAAUAUUUGUUGUAAAUUGCCUGUUUGUUUGUGCUUUUUCAGUUCUAGUUCUCAGUUUUUGAAUCAGAAAUUAAAAUAAGAAUACGUUUGUUUA